AUGGAAUCCCCAACUCCGACUGAGACUGAGAAAAAGAAGGUGUCUUUUGCUGACCCCCUUAAGCAGGAAGAGACUCGUCUCACCGAAAGCGAGCUCCGACGCAUGCUACCUGCUUCUUUCCGCAAUGGACCGGCCUGGGUAGGUGUACCACACAACCGGGUUCAACACUUCUUGAAGCAUGAUCUCAAUAUCGAGCGAUUGGCGGAAGCGUCGCCUUACUUCUCCAUCCUUGGCAAGGCCAAGCCUCCGCAAGCUCUCCACCAUCAGGAGGCUCUUGGUCUCGAGAUCUUCGUAACCGAGAAGAUGGAUACACACCUCCUUUGGACCAAAGGCAAGAUCUUCGUCAAACCAUUCCCAAGGUAUCUUCUCGAUCCUCAGUUCUGGUUAGAACAUCUUGAGUGCCCUAAAAGAUGCUCCUAUGGUCCUGAGUUUCAGAUGCUUCGGGCUGCAGGGCUUGUACGACGCCAAACGCGAUUCUCGAAACGCAAGCCUUGCGAGCACAGCAAGCUUUGGAAGUGCGCGAUGGGCUUCGUGUACUCGUAUAUAGCUCUUAUUGCACACGAGAGCGACUUUCGCAUCGCAAAAGCAAGCAAGCUGUUGCCGGAUGACAUGGACUUUGACGACUGGCAGGAGUUUGUCGAGCGGAUACUCCGUGAUCACGGCAAACUCAAUGGCCAAAUCGACGAGCGAUUCGCGUAUGGCGAGCUGAACAUGGCGCGCCUCAACACGCUGCUCAUGUUUCAGCAGCCUCGUCGUUACUUGUUCCAAGAUGAUGGCAGCUAUGGUUUCCUCCGGGACCACUCUUCGCUGUUGUCGCCCGUGUCUGCUUACACGGGCGCCGUGUUGUCUUCAGUACAAGUCAGGCCUACCAUGGCCAACUUCAAAAGAAACAGGCCACUUACAAUUGCAUUGGUGAUUUUGGUUGUUUCGUUCUGGGUCUUGUACUCGGUCUUGUCCAUCACCGGGAAAGGUCUCCCGAUGAUUACUGGUGAAGAGUGA